AUGGCUACCAUCAAUAUUCGUAGCGAUGUGAAGGAUCCCUUCUACCGCUACAAGAUGGAGAGACUCCAGUCCAAGAUCGAAGGAAAGGGCAACGGUAUCAAGACUGUGAUUGUCAACCUAAGCAGUGUUGCUAACUCCCUUGCCCGCCCUGGUGACUAUGUCAUUAAGUACUUUGGCUUCGAGCUAGGUGCCCAAACCAACACCAGCCCGGCAGACGAUCGCUGGAUCAUUAACGGAGCCCAUGAGGCGUCUAAGCUUCAAGAUUAUCUUGAUGGUUUCAUCAACAAAUUCGUUCUCUGCAAAAAAUGCAAGAACCCAGAGACGGAUGUGGUUAUCAAGGACGGCAACAUUCUCCUUGACUGCAAAGCCUGUGGUCAACGUUCCAACGUCGACCUUCGCCUCAAGUUGAGUGGAUUCAUCCUCAAGAAGCAGCCAAAGAAGGGCAAGAAAGACAAGGCUGAUCGCAAAGCUGCCCGCAAGGCUAAAGAGAACGGAAACGGAGACAAGAAGAAUGGUAAUGGUAGUGGAAACAGCGAUGACGCCAACUCUGAGAAUGGAUCCAAUGGCGACGGUGAUGUCGGUAUCGAGGCUGGUAGUGAUGACGAGUUUACACGCGGCAUCACCAACGCUGCACAAGACUUCGACGAUGAAGCAGAGGUCAAAGACGUUGAAUGGACUGUUGACAUGUCCGCAGAGGCAAUUAAAGCCCGUCAACAACAACUCCCAGACGACUUGAAGCAAAAGCUCGUCCUCAACGGCGAUGAUGAAGAUGAAGAGGGCGAGGGUGGUGGCAAUUCCAAGUACGAUCAACUCCUCACCUGGGUCAACGCUGAGGUCGAAGAAAAGGGAGGUGUCGACAAGGUAGAUGAUCUUGAGAUCUACUUGAAGGCAAAGGAGCUUGGUAUUGAGAACAAACACCGAACUCUUACCGUCUUGCUCACGUCUAUUUUCGACGAUGACAUCGCUAAGCAAAUCCCGAAACGUGCCGGAAUGCUUAAGAAUAUUGGUACUUCCGAAAAGCAUCAAAGAGCAAUUCUUGGUGGCGUUGAACGCUUUAUCGGAUCGCGUGGCAAGGACAAGCCAGAGAUCUAUGAGCAAACCUCCAAGGUUCUUUUGGUCCUGUACAAUGAAGACCUCCUUACAGAGGAAGUUAUCACCAAAUGGGGCACCAAGGCCAGCAGAAAGCAUGUCGAUCUCUCUGUUAGCAAGAAGGUUCGCAAGUCUGCAGAAGCCUUCCUCAACUGGCUCGCCGAGGCCGAGAGCGAUGACGACUCCGAGUAG